CUCGAGUACCCAAUUCGGUUCCGGCACGAUCCAUCCGACACCGACGCGGUUCCCAAGCACCAUGGAUACUCUGUCGACGGGCACCCCUGCCUAUAUGGCCUUGUACCCGACGCAAUCGACUGAUGGAGUUUUGCGACUGGGGAAUAUCGUCCCCGAUUUUCGGGCGGAUACGACGCACGGGGAAAUGGCGUCCUUUCACGAGUGGAAAAAGGGCAAGUGGGCCAUUCUGUUUUCGCAUCCGGCUGACUUUACCCCCGUUUGCACCACCGAAAUUGGACGCCUCGCGCUCAAGUACGACGAUUUGCAACGUAUGGACUGUCUCGUGGCGACCUUGUCCGUGGAUCCGGUCAAAUCGCACCAAGAAUGGCUCCAGGAUGUCGUCGCCCACUGUGAAAACGAAAUUGAAGUCAAGUUUCCGAUUAUCGGUGACGCCGACCGUUCCAUUUCCACCGCAUUUGGCAUGUUGGAUGCGGGCAACUCGGACGAGCAGGAACUGCCCUUGACGAUUCGGGCCGUCUUUAUCAUCAAUCCGGAAAACAAGCUCAUGUUGAGUUUGAAUUACCCGGCCUGCGUCGGCCGCAACAUGGACGAAAUAUUCCGGUGUGUCCAGGCCCUCCAGUUGUCGUACGAAAAGUCCAUCGCGACGCCGGCCAAUUGGCCCCACAAUCACUCGGACAUCCCCAUGCCGGACGGGAGCCGCUCAGGCGACUUUGCCGGUUCCGUCUUUUUGUUGCCCAUCGUGAGUGCGGAAGAGGCCGACGCUCGAUAUCCCGGAUACCACACCUGUGAUGUGCCGAGCAAAAUUCCCUAUUUGCGUCUCGUCAAGAAAGAGCAAGUCCAGUAAAAAGCGCAUCCUCGCCGUUGGGUCAAGUAUUCACAGACACUUCUUAUAAAUAACGUAUCGAUAACACGGAUCCGUCUUCUUU